CAAUUGUCCCUUAAUUCUAUCCGCGCAAGCGUGACUGUGAUUACCUGUUCUGUCCGGGAUAACUCUUCCUCGGUUCACAGUCUGCUAGACGAUGACCAGGCUAGUUGACAUACCUGUCUUCAAACUUGCCUGGUCGACGCCUCGACUUGCCAUCUUGUCUCUUCAGUACUGAUGCCGCCGUCAAUAGGGACACGUGUCGCUCGCUCAUUGGCCUCGAGCAGCCAACCGUCCCUUUACAUUCAAAUUUUUGGCGGUCUUUCUCUCAUAUAUACGCCAUUUCCUCUUCAUUUCAUUCUUACUGUUCCUCCUUCAUUCCAAGCAUUCCAGAGCUCCUGUGCCUCUUGCAAGCCUCGUUCCUGCCUUUCCUUGCAUUUGUAUUCGAGGAGGAAGCUCCUGCCCUUAACUGGUAAGUCCUUCAAGCCUUUUUUUUGCUAUUUUUAUUUGGUAUUUCAUAUAUUAGGGCAAAAAAUCCGUAGGUUUUAGGACAUAACCCUCCCAAAACCCACACUUGCCCCUGUUCUCUUCGUUCUUCAAUCCCAGUGAUGAACACAUGAACACACGAAGAACUAGAGCGGACCAGGCUCCAGGUCGCCUUUUGAUCCAAAAAACAAUUAGACCGAGCAAUUUACAAGUUUGCCAAAACCUUAGUAGAAACCGAGGUAGACAGAGGACUUGGCCGCUCGACCGGGCUAACAACUGGUUUGCUUGAGCGAUCAAUCUCCUUGGUUUGCCUUCGCAACCGAGGUGGUCUAGCACUCUUUAUGACCGAGCUGAAGUCAAGCUCGUUUUGCUCGACCGCGCUUCCACUUACACUUGCCAUCCUUUUCCUGCAGAGUCCAAGGGGACCACUGACUAAUUAUCGAGGCUCUCAAAGACCGAGCAGCCAUUAAACACCAAUCUGUGCCAAACCACCUCAGCCGAGCUAAACCAACUGGCUACGCAUGAGGUGCUUCCGCUUCCUUGUUGAUACUCCGGCUGCCCUGGCCGUGUUUCGGGAAGAGUACGGUAUCCCGGCCGACGUCCACCUAGAGUUCGACAAAAUUGAGACAACUUCUUGGGGCAGAUUAGACCAGUGCCCCUUCACCGUGCUAUCCAUCAUUGAAGGAGGCCUCCGCUUCCCAGUCAACUGAUGACUGAAUUCUUGCGCCGCACCGGGCUAGCACCCACUCAAGUCUCAACCAACACUUACCGAAUAAUCAACGGGGUCCACGAGUUAAACAACUGGCUAGGAACCAACUUAGGUUUAGCCGAGAUACUCCGUCAAUACACCCUUGGGCACACGGGCGACGGCCUCGCCUAUUACUUAAAAAUUCGAUUGGGCAAAAAAAAAAAUAGUGAUCGGCACCUCAAACAAGGACUUACACGACGACGACUUUUUCUGGGUGUCUGGCAACUAUGAAACGGCUGACGUACCGGGCUGGUUUAUUAGCAAGAACUUCGGCGAGACAUGUAAGUCGUGCUAACUGCUCGGUCAAUUUAUCUUUCUUCACUAUUCUGUACUUGACACUUUUCCUCUUUCCUUUGCAGCGAUCCAAGCCUUGCAAGCCAACUACUACUACCCCAACGAAGCAGCCAUCAGGACCGUGCUCCGUUACCGUAACCGGGAUUGUAACGAGCUCCUCGGCUACACUCUAACAUACCAGUAUUCAGCUCCGCGCCGGAGUAAAGUCACUGACUUUCUCCGUGCUCUAUCUCUGCCGCCAGAUCCCACACUGCCAGACGUCCCCUUCAUUCGUUUAACCGAAGCAGAAGAAAUGGCCAAGAGGAGCCACAUUAAGAACUUGAUCACUGUCACCUCGUCCGAGAUCCCGAGCAUUCCAGCCCGUUCUCUGGCUGCCGGUCAAUCCAGCGGGACCGUGGUUGCGUUGGCUUCUCCCGCCGCCGGGCAAGCCAGCAGAGACUCCCGCCAGGCUGGCAAAAGGCCUCGUGUAGACCCUUCUGCCGAGCUAGUAACCGAGCUCAACACCGAGCAGCCUGCCGUCAUCGUCGACCCAACACCGGCAUGGAGGCCCCAGCUUAAACACUGGGGCAAGGAGAUCCCGGCAACAGCUUCCGUUAAGGGCGACAAAGGGCAUCUUCUUGCCUUUGACCUCACCAAGGCCCUUCUCAUACCGAGCGACAUGGUCGGCAGCGACCAUGUUCCAGACACCCGGUUGGUGAAGUCGUUGGUCAAAUUCAUGAUUAGGGCCAUCCAGAAGCAGCACUUGGUCAUGGAGCGCAUUCACCGGCUUCGACAGAAGGCAACUGACUCUGCCAACCAAGUUCAAAGCCUCCAAGCCGAGCUCGGGAGAGCCCAGUCUUCAUUGCAAAUGGCGAACUCCAACAACUCUCGGUUGCUCGGCCAGCUUGGCUUUGCCGAGAAGGAGAGAGACGCGCUUCGGGCCGAGCUAGAUGCGCUGAAACAAUCACGGGAAGAGGAUCUGAAGGGUGCAAACAAUGCCGGUUUCGUUGAGGCCUAGGAGAGUUACACAAAGCAGGUCCGCGCCACCCAAUACAUUUUCUUCAAGGCUGGGUGGAAGUUUGCUUGUGAACAUCUCGGCCAGGGAUCGGGGACUGACGUGUUCACCACUCCUCCAGCUGCCUCCCUACCGAGCUCUCUCGUGCCCUACGCUAACGACGUCUUCGCCGCGUUGCAGGCUGAGGCCGAGGAAGAAGGCGACAAGGAAACCGAGGAAAAUGCGAAGGGGGAAAAUCACACAAUUCAGUCCGGCCAACGGAGACCGGUGUCCAAGACCAAACACCAAUGGUCAACCUAGAGGCAGCCCAGGACGAAUUUACUAACCUUUCCCCCCUAGCUUAGUUUUCUUUGUCUUCUUUCUUCCUUUUUGGUUUACACAUGUAACCGGGCUAUCCGCCCCUCCUCUUGUAAUUACUUUUCACAUCAAUGAAAAAGCUCCGUUUUCUUCAAGUGUUUGCACGUUCUUCAUGCUAGAUAACGUCGGCUGUCAAAAUACCUCGGCAAGACUAACCACUUUAUCUAACUUAUCUAACCGGAAAAGACAUCGCGGUUUUCAGCAUAAAGUUGAGUAAAUCAUCAACCGCAUUAACCGGAGUAAAACAUCUCGGUUAAAAUCACAUUUUUGAACAAAUCAUCAACGAAAUUAACCGGAGUAAAACAUCUCGGUUUUGAAUCGCAAAUUUGAGCAAAACAUCAACUCAUUCAACCGGAGUUAACAUCUCAGUUGAGAGUCUUAGAGUUGGGCAAAACAUCAACUCAUUCAAUCGGAGUUAAUAUCUCAGUUGAGAAUCUCAAAGUUGAGCAAAACAUCAACUCAUUCAACUGGAGUUAACAUCUCAGUUGAGAAUCUAAAAGUUGAGCAAAACAUCAACUCAUCCAACCGGAGUAAGACAUCACGGUUGAGAAUCUCAGUUGAUCAGAUCAUCAACUCAAUGAACCGGAGUAAAUCAUCUCGGUUUUAAUCUCAAAAUCAAUCGGAGUAAAACAUCUCAGUUGUGAAUCUCAAAAUUAAAAAGCAACAAUCAAAAUGCUAAGGCAAAGAUGAGACACUUCUAUAUAUUGACAAAAAGAAUAUUACAUUCUGAAGUGUAAGGUAAAAAAUUUCUUUGCACAAAAAGAAAACAAAAGCUAAAAAU